AUGUUCCAAUCAAAUCAAUAUGAUGAAUACAAUAAAACGAAUAAGAGUGAUGAAGAAAACGAAAGUAAUGAAAAUGAAAAUGAAAAUGAAAACGAAAAUGAAAAUAGAAGUGAAGACGGUGAUCAAGAUAGCGAAGAUAGUUUCAUCUAUGAAGAAGAUGAUGAAGAGGAAGAAGAUACACCUAAAUUAAGUUUUGGUGCAAAAUUUUUGGCAAAACAUGGACAUAUUGAAGGUCAAGGAUUAGGUAAGGAAAAAGAUGGCAGAAUUGAUUUAAUUGAAGUUGAUAGAUUCCAAAGUACAAAAGGACUUGGAUUUGCAGAGAAUGAUUUACCAGAAUUUUAUAGAGUAACUAAACAUAUAUUAGAGGAUGAGGAUGUUGAUUUUCCAUCAAAACAAAGAUUUGAAUGGAUAAGUUGUAAUAGUGAAGGUUAUAAUUUUUGGGAAGGAUUUCCAGUUGAUCAUACUCUUGUUAAAUUUGUUGCUAAUGAUUCAAUAACAGAUAAACCAAGAAGAGGUCAUUGUUCAGUAGAGUUAUUAAUGGAAUUAGAUCAACAUAAAAAUGCAUUGGAUACUUUAGACCCAAAUAGAUUCUAUGUUGCAAGAAAGAAAUCAAAUCCUUAUGAAUCAAUUAAAGGUUCAAUCUUUAUUAAUAGAGCUGCUGUUAAAAUGGCAAAUAUUGAUAAAUUGGCUGACUUAUUAACACCAAUUAUACCUGUACCUGGUAAACCAAGAGAUUUUAUUUAUUUUGGUGAUGUUUGUGCAGGACCUGGUGGAUUUACAGAAUAUGUUUAUUGGAAGAAAACUAGAGGUGGUAAAAUUAAAGGUGAAGAAGGUUUAGAUUUAGAUGAUGUUGUAAAAGGAUUUGGAUUUACAAUUAAAGGACAAUGUGAUUGGAAUGUUGAGAAAUUUUCAAAACAAAUUCCAAUUCAUAACUUUGUGAAAGAGUAUGGUUUAGAUGAUACAGGUAACAUAUUAAAGAGUGAAAAUAUUAGAGAUUUCUCAAGUAAAGUUUUCUAUAAUACCAAUGGAUUCGGGUUACAAUUGUUUUUAGCCGAUGGUGGUAUAAACACCGAUGGUAAGGAGAGUUUACAAGAAUUAAUGCUUCAACAAUUAAUUCUUUGUCAAAUUUUAACAAUGUUUGAAACUAUUGGUAGAGGUGGUAAUUUUGUUUGUAAAAUUUUCGAUACUUUUACUCCAUUCACAAUUGGUUUACUUUAUUUAGUUUAUCAACAUUUUCAAUCAUUUUCAAUUGUUAAACCUUUUACAAGUAGACCUUUAAAUUCUGAACGUUAUAUAAUUUGUAAAAAUUUCUUAUCUUAUCGUCCAAUGAAUAUCAUUGAUUUCUUACAUUAUAUAAAUUCUUUAUUAAAUAAUAAUCAAACAAUUUUAGAAUUAAUUGAAAUUAAUUCAAUGGAUCCAAAUUUUUUAAGAUAUAUUUUAGAAUCAAAUGAAUUAAUAUGUUUAAGACAAAUUAAAGCAUUUUCUUUAUUUAAAAAAUAUGUUGAAGAUAUUGAAUUACCUCCAAUUGAUCAAAAAGAAAUUAGAGCAAAAUGUUUAGAAGAAUGGGGUUUACCAAAAGAAACAAAAUAUGAUAUUGAAAAUUAUCAAAAACAUAAAAAUAGGCAAAAGCAUCACCAUAAUAAUCAUAGUAAUAAUAAUAAUAAUAAUAAUAAUAGUAAUAAUAAUAAUAAUAAUAAUAACCAACACCAACACCAACACCAUCAACAUCAACAUCACCAAAACCAACAUCAAAAUCAAUACCAACAUCAAAAUCAACAUAAAAAAUAUAAUAAUAAUAUUAAUAAUAAUAGUAAUAAUUCAUCCCCAAAUUCAUCACCAAACUUGACUUCAUCACCAAAUUUAAAUUCACCACCAAAUAUUAAUAAUGGUAAUAACCACCAAAAUAACAAUAAUAAUAAUAGUAAUAAUAAUAAUAAUAAUAAUAAUAAUAAUAAUAAUAAUAAUAAUAAUAAUAAUAAUAAUAAUAAUAAUAAUAAUAAUAAUAAGAAUCGUAGAUUUAUCAGUACAAAAUUAGUAAAGAAUAAUUCUCAAUUUCAACAAAAACCUCCACCACCUCAUAGACAUAUGUCUCCAUUACAAAUACAACAACAAUUUUUACUUCAACAACAAAAAGAGCAACAGCUACUUCAACAACCACAAAAAGAUCAAUUACAUCAAUUACACCAACAACAAUCACAAUCAGCUUUACCCGAUUUCUCUGCUGCCAAUUUCAUGGAAGCAUUAUUAAAGAGAAAAAAUGAUUCACAACAAUAA